GGCAGCUGCAGGAAGCAGGAGAGACUCCAUGUUUUAGAGCUCAGUUAUCCUGGAAGGAGAAAACAAACCAGAUCUUAUAAAAUAUGAAAUAAAAACUUCAAUCAUUUCCCAGAAAGUGAAGAAGGAUCAAACAUCAGAAGCUCUGCGUCUUUCUGUCGGACCUGGCAACCCGCUGUGGGAUUAAAGCGCCCUGCCGGAGAGGAAGUGGCUCCGACCCGGAGAAGUCUCCAACCGGAAGCAAAGUUUGGACUAAAGCUGCAGGAGAACCAGAACCCGAACCGGGACCAGAACCGGGACCGACUAACCGAGCGCUUCCGGAUGAACCGGCUUUUAUUUCUCAGCCUGGGGAUCAUGGCCCCUGAAGGUCCCGCUUAGAGGCGUUUUUCCGGUGUUUGCUCCGCCGGGAUGGCGGCCUGGAGGCGCCGCAUGGAGGAGCUGCUGCGGGGCGUGAAGGUGGAGGUCCUGAGGGAGGCAGGCCGGCAGUACCCGCUGACCUGCUGCCUGAUGGUGGCGCUGCUGGCGCUCACUGUGCUGCUCAACAGGUACCUCCACGUCCUGAUGGUGUUCUGGUCGCUGCUGGCCGGGAUCUUCACCUUCUACUGCUCGCUCAGACCGGACUCGCUGGUUCCCAGCUUCCUGUUCCCCAUCAAACCCAGGAACAAGCGCCAGGAAGCCGAGCUCUUCCCUCUGGGCCACAGCUGCGCCGUCUGUGGGAAGAUCAGAUGCAAACGACACCGGCCCACUCUGCUCCUGGAGAACCACCAGCCCUGGUUGGACCUGAAGGUUCCCUCCAAGGUGGACGCCGCGGUGGCGGAGGUGUUUGAGCUGGCUCUGGAAACGUUUGUGCACCCCUGGUACAGGGACAUCACCGAGGAUGAAGCCUGUCUGGAUGAAGUCAGGAUGACUUUUCGCUUCUUUGCAUCGGUGCUGAUCCGCAGAGCCCAGAAGGUGGAUUUCCCGUCUGUGUUUGCAGACAAAGUGAUGAAGGUUCUGAUGAAGCACAUGGAGAUUCUGUCUAAAGCUGCAGCCAAAGUGAAGAACAUGGAGGACCUCCAGGAAGCGGCUCUGGAGGAAUACGGCGCCGACCUCCACGCCGCCCUGCACAGCCGGAGGGACGAACUGCUGUACCUGAGGAAGCUGACAGAGAUGCUCUUCUCCUACGUCAUGCCUCCCAAAGCCACCGACUGCAGGUCUCUGGCUCUGCUGCUUCGGGAAGUGAUGGCCGGAUCCGUCCUCCUGCCGACUAUGGACUUCAUGGCCGACCCGGACACCGUCAACCUCAUGGUGCUCAUCUUCCUGGACAACAACCCGCCAGAAGAAGCUACAGAGCCUCCGUCUGCGCUGGUUCCCUUCCUGCAGAAAUACACCAGCAUCAGCAACAAGAAGCCGUCUGUGCUGAAGCUGGAGCUGAAGGAGAUCAGGGAGCAGCAGGAUCUCCUCUUCCGGUUCCUGAACUUCCUGAAGCAGGAAGGAGCCGUUCACGUGCUGCAGUUCUGCCUGGCUGUGGAGGAGCUGAACGAUAAGAUCCUGAGUCCGGAGCUGAGCGACUCGGAGCUGCAGCGUCUGCACGGCGAGGUGGUCCACAUCUACCAGACCUACUGCCUGGAGGAGAGCAUCGACAAGAUCAGCUUCGACCCGCUCAUCGUGGAGGAGAUCCACAACGUCGCCGCGGCGCCGUACCAGGACGUGGUGAAGCUGCAGAAGAUGACCUGCCUGUUUGAGGCGUACGAACACGUCCUCUCUCUGCUGGAGCGAGUUUUCACGCCCAUGUUCUGCCACAGCGACGAAUACUUCAGACACCUGCUGAAAGGAGCCGAAUCUCCAACCAGGAGCUCCAGGAUCAACAGGAACGCUUCCAAACGCGGCGAGCCGUUCGGCAUCAGCAGGAUCGGCAGCAAGAUCAAAGGCGUGUUCAGGAGCACGACGAUGGAGGGCGCCCUGCUACCGCCCGGCGCCGCCGGCGACACGGAGGACGACACGGUGGAGGAGGCCACCAUCGUCAUGGAGGACGACGCCCCCGCCGAGCCCACCGCCACGCCGCUCAACCAGAGAAACCUGGCGGCCUGGACCGUCUCCAUGCCCUUCAUCGACUUCUACGAAGACCCGGUAAAGAGGGAGAAGGUCCCCGUGUUCUGCAUCGACGUGGAGAGAAAGGACCGGAAGAACGCCGGUCAUGAACCAGAGUCCUGGACGGUUUACAGAAGAUACCUGGAGUUCUACGUUCUGGAGUCCAAACUCACAGAGUUCCAUGGAACCUUCUCAGACGCUCAGCUUCCCUCCAAACGCCUCAUCGGACCAAAGAACUACGACUUCCUGGAGUCCAAGCGGGAGGAGUUCGAGGAAUAUCUGCGGAGGCUGCUGCUGUACCCGGAGCUCAGUAACAGCCAGCUGCUGGCUGACUUCCUGUCGCCGUUCAGCCUGGAGUCCCAGUUCCUGGAUAAGGUGCUGCCGGACGUCAACCUGGGAAAAAUCUUUAAGUCUGUUCCUGGGAAGCUGAUGAAGGAGAAAGGUCAGAACCUGGAGCCUUUCAUCCAGUCCUUCUUUAACUCCUGCGAGUCGCCCAAACCCAAACCGAGCCGACCAGAACUCACCGUCCUCAGCCCGACCGCCGAGAACAGGAAGCUGUUCAGCGACCUGUACGGGAACAACGCCAACCGGGUCAACGGGUCGGAGCGGAAACAGAACUCCAACUGCUUCCUGGAGGUGAUGGAGGUGGACGGGAUGUACGACUACAUGAUGUAUGUUGGGCGGGUGGUGUUCCGUAUGCCGGACUGGCUGCACCACAUCCUGGCUGCUGGACGGAUCCUGUUCAAGAACACUUUUGAGGCCUACAUGGAUCAGAACCUGCAGUCCAAGCUGGAGGCCGUGCUGCAGGAGCACCGGCUGCUGUCGCUCAUCACGCAGCUCAGAGAUGCUGUGUUCUGUGAGAACAACCAGGAACGGACGGCAGAGGAGAAACGAGUGCGAGCCAAGCAGACGUUUGAGGAGAUGAUGAAGUAUUUACCAGACUUGGUGGUGAAGUUGAUCGGAGAAGAUUCCAGGCAGGAAGGAAUGGAGCUGCUGUUCCACGGAAUGCAGCAGCCACUUCUCAACAAGCAGAUGACCUACGUCCUGCUGGACAUCGCCAUCCUGGAGCUGUUUCCUGAACUCAACAAGCAGGGUCCGAGGGAGGCCUUCAUCGUCUGACCGGGGCGGGUCAGGCGGAUCGACCUCAGCUCCUCUUCAAAGAUCUCCUGCCGACUCCCAGACAAAGCUACAUUCCACUUCCUGUUCCACUUCCUGCUCCACUUCCUGCUCCAGAACCAAUAAACACAUAUUUAUUCUCCC